UGCAACACUGCCGGCAUGGUGCAGCCGCAAAAGGAUUUGGAUUUGGAGACAGAUUUGCCUGCAAAGGAGGAUAGCCUGCAGGAUUCCGACUGUUGUGGCAAUGGCUGCACCAACUGCAUUUUGGACAACAAGCCACAGCCGAGCAAACGCGUCCUGCUGGCCGGCAAACGCAAUGUGAUCCUGAACUAUACAAAAUUCCGACUGUUACGGCGGGAAAAUCUUGAAUCCGAUGGUCAAGUGCUGCUCCUGCAUUUCGGCCACGCCCCCGAGGAGGGCACGGAGGCGGAAGACUGUGUGCUGGACAUACCGCCCGGUCAUCAUGUGAUGCUGCGCUUCGGUUCCCUGUUGCGUCCAUAUUCUCCCUAUUGGAGCGAUUUCUUGGCCAAGGAGUUCCGGAUACUGGUUAAGCUGCAGAAGGAGGGUCCGAUGUCGCAGCACUUGGCUGCCGUGCAACCCAACGAUCUGCUGGAGUUCCGCGGACCCAUUGGGCAGUACGUUCAUGAUCCGCAGAACGGCAAAUGCAUCUACAUUGUGGCCCAAGGAGUGGCCAUUGCACCCACUUUGCCGCUGGUGCGUCAGGUGCUCGACGACGAGGAGGACAUGAGUCGCCUAUGGCAUCUGGUGUGUGCUCCCGACCUGCAGCACGUCUAUUUCCGCGAGGAGUUGCUGGAAUUCGCACAGUUUUGGAACUACAAAGGCUGUCUUUAUCUGCCCCACCAAAAGUGCGAUUCCGCCGACUGCAAAAAGGCGAAAAAAUGCAACACGGAGUGCCUUCACUUCCGCCGGAGUCUUCGGUACAGGGAGAUGGCCAAAGUGUGCCGACUGGAUGCCUCUGAGCUGUCCAGGCACGUUAAUACGUCCAUUCCCGGACAGCGCAUAGUUAUCGUGGCCGGAGAUUCAAGUUUCCAGCGGAACAUCUCCCAAUUGGCUACCGAAUCCUUGGCUGUGGAUCCAGCUAACGUUUAUUUGUUGUAAUCACCAAAGGAAAUUGUUGAUCUGCCAAGUUAAAUCCAAGGAAAACAGGCAAAAAAUUGAAGUUUAAAUGCCAGAAAAAGAGAUACUCGUACGU